AUGAAGUCGCUCCUCACCCGCGCCCGCUUACCGCCGAUCGCCGAGGUCGUCGACGAAGCCGACGCCGACGUCGCCAGCUACCGUCGCCCGGCCGACUACAAUGAUAUCUUUGCCAAGCGCCCGGUGCUUCUGCGGUCGCACAGCGGCGACAGCUACGGCAUGCAGACGAUGCACUUUAUCUCGAUGGUCUUCUCCGUCAUCUGCAUCGAGAUUUGCAAGGGCGUGCUCCUCCGGCUCAUGGCGCUCGUGACGCUCGCACUCGUGCUGCUCGUGGGUCACCAAUGGUACCUCGUCGCACGCUGGGAAAACUUCUAG